AUGAGGACUCCGAGCAUAGAUCAGCAAAUCAAAGAGGUCACGCAACUAGGUCAACCCCUUGGACUAUCGCUGGAACCUGGUGACGCCGACUCGAAAGAUCUUGUGGGAAGCAGACGAGUGAUGCUGCGUUACUACACCGUGACUCUUGCGUUUCUACUGACCACGAAUCUCGAAAACAACUGUUUCCUCUCUGUUAUUCUUCCCAUGGCGUUCGAAUGCCCUGCCCUGAUGUAUGCCAUCUCAGCAUGGGCUUCUUCCCACUUAGCAUUACGCGACGAGAAGUUCAGAGCGGAUUCACUAAGGCACCGCGGGCAUGCUUUGGCUCAGCUUCAAAAGUCAAUGAAGCAGAGUGAGCUAUCAACUGAGAUGUGCCUUGCUGUGACCAUGGUCCUCUGUUCUAUCGAGUCAAUAUCCGAGGCUACCGAUGCCUGGUAUCCUCACUUGAAAGGCGCUGCUGCUGCAUUAGCUUGGCAGACAGAGGAUUCUCUCGCGGUGGUAGAUCCGAAGCAAGCUGUUCAGGCUACUUUUGAGGGGAGGUGGCUUCUCCGCAAUUUCGCCUAUCACGACAUCAUGAUGAGUGUCUCGAUGGAUUGUCGUCCAUUAAUAAUGGGGUUCUACUGGGCCUCAGAGGAUGACACACUUGCAUAUCCCUACUUUGGAUUUGCAUCGCGGAUACUCUAUCUCAUCUCCGAGACUAGCAUUCUGAAUGCCGACUUCGCAGAAGCAAAACUGGUAUCACAGACCCGCGGUCAUAGUUUUUCCAAACGCUCACACAAGAUAGAAAGUGAGCUCCAGAGUUGGGUUUGCCCUGCGGGCCACGAUGGUUCACCGCUAGCGCUGCUUGGUGAAGCCUACCGUAACGCGGCGCUCAUUCAUCUUUACCGAACCCUUUCUCGCUACAUCGAAAGCUAUUCUAGCAUUCUGAAAGCGAAGCUGAAGGCUUGUGUAGAGUCGAUAUGUAAGCUUAGCAGACAAGUGUCAGAGGGCUGCCUCGUGGAAUGCACCCUCCUUUUCCCCCUUUUCAUGGUGGGAGGAGAAGCCCAUGAGACAAGUGAGAUAGUAAUCAUUAGAGAGAAGCUUGGCGAGAUGAUCAAGUGGCGGAAAUUCAGAAACGUUGAAGUAUGUCUCGAUGUUCUUGAUGAGGUAUGGCGGCGAAGAAUGGAUGGAUCAAGGAGGGAAGACCAAGAUAAGGUGGACUGGCCAGAUGUGGUGAAGCAACGGGACUGCAAGCUUUCCAUUUCGUAA